CUCUCCAAAGUACUCGCUGAAGCCGCGGCGCACGCGCACGAUCAAUGCGCCUGCAAGCGGCGUCGCCGCUGGAGAUGCUGCGGCUGAUCAGGUUCCCGCCCAGGUGGCGGCGACCUCCGGCGGCGGGGGUCCCCGCGAAGAACGUCGGCUUCAGGAAGGUGGCCUCCGGCGUCUCUUCCCUGGGCAGCGCCUCGCCCAGAUCCCUAAACAUAUUCGAUCGGGAUUUGAAGAGGAAACAGAAGAACUGGGCGGCCCGGCAGCCUGAGCGGAUAAAGUUUGACUACCUGAAGGAGGAGGUGGGAAGUCGGAUUGCAGACCGUGUAUAUGACAUAGCCAGAGAUUUCCCCCUUGCUUUGGAUGUCGGUUGUGGAAGAGGUUACAUAGCACAACAUUUGAAUAAGGAAACUGUUGGAAAGUUUUUCCAAACAGACAUUGCAGAAAAUGCUUUGAAAAAUGCCUUAGAAAUGGAAAUUCCUACUGUCAGUGUUUUAGCUGAUGAAGAAUUUCUUCCCUUCAGAGAAAAUAUAUUUGAUCUGGUGGUUAGCAGUUUAAGUUUGCACUGGGUGAAUGACCUACCUAGAGCACUUGAACAGAUUCAUUGUGUUUUAAAACCAGAUGGAGUGUUUAUUGGUGCAGUGUUUGGAGGUGACACGCUCUAUGAACUCCGGUGUUCAUUACAGUUAGCGGAAACAGAAAGGGAAGGAGGAUUUUCUCCACACGUCUCUCCUUUCACUGCUGUCAAUGACCUAGGACAUCUGCUCGGGAGAGCCGGCUUUAAUACGCUGACUGUGGACACUGAUGAAAUUCAAGUUAACUAUCCUGGAAUGUUUGAAUUGAUGGAAGAUUUACAAGGGAUGGGUGAGAGUAACUGUGCUUGGAAUAGAAAAGCCCUCCUGCACCGAGACACGAUGCUGGCAGCUGCAGCAGUGUACAGAGAAAUGUACGGAAAUGAGGAUGGUUCUGUACCUGCCACCUAUCAGAUCUAUUACAUGAUAGGAUGGAAAUAUCAUGAUUCACAGGCGAGACCAGCUAAAAGAGGUUCGGCAACUGUGUCAUUUGGAGAGCUAGGAAAAAUAAAUGAUCUUAUGUCACAGGGGAAAAAAUCACAAUAA